GCCUAAAUAAUUUUCCAUUAUAUGUAAUCUCGUGAUCCAGUUGAUACGGCGUGACACUGUGCGUUCUUCGGAUUUUAGGUUCGUAAUCCUGUGCGAGAACGGUUGGAAUCUUGGCACAAAGAUUAUUUAAUCUUAUGAACAUGGAUGAUGAUGAUCAUUAUCAAAGUGGAUAUGAUGAUCAUUAUCAAAGCAGUUCUUUUCCAAAGGAUUUUGGAUAUGCACCGUUUGAUGGUGAAACCGAGGGAUCUAUGGAUCCACUAGCCGGAGAACAAAAGCCUAGAAUACUUCUGAUGGGUCUCAGACGUAGCGGUAAGUCGUCGAUACAAAAAGUGGUUUUUCACAAGAUGUCACCCAACGAGACGCUGUUCUUAGAAAGUACAAAUAAGAUAAUUAAAGACGAUAUAAGUAAUUCGAGCUUUGUACAAUUUCAAAUAUGGGACUUUCCUGGACAAAUUGACUUCUUUGAUCCUACCUUUGACAGUGACAUGAUAUUUGGUGGUUGUGGAGCAUUGGUAUUUGUGAUAGAUGCACAGGAUGAUUACAUGGAGGCACUUAAUAAGCUUCAUGCGACAGUCACAAAGGCAAACAAGGUUAAUCAGGCCAUCAAGUUUGAAGUCUUUAUCCAUAAAGUAGAUGGAUUGUCGGAUGACUGUAAGAUGGAAACGCAAAGGGACAUACACACAAGGGCCAACGAUGAUUUAGCAGAUGCUGGGUGCGAUCAAAUACAUUUGAGUUUUCAUUUGACCUCAAUAUAUGAUCACAGUAUAUUUGAAGCAUUUAGCAAAGUUGUUCAGAAGUUAAUACCACAGCUGCCUACUUUAGAAAAUUUACUUAAUAUACUCAUAUCAAAUUCAGCAAUUGAGAAGGCAUUUCUAUUUGAUGUUGUUUCAAAAAUAUAUAUAGCAACGGAUAGCUCACCUGUUGAUAUGCAAAGUUAUCAUAUCUGUUUCAGAUUGAGAGAAGAUUUAGAAGCCGCUGCAUUUGAUAACCAAAGUUCCAGUUUAAUUAAAUUAAAUAAUGGUACAAUCUUGUAUUUGCGAGAAGUGAAUAAAUUUUUAGCAUUGGUCUGCAUUUUACGAGAGGAUAAUUUUGAUAGACAAGGUGUGAUCGACUAUAACUUUUUGUGUUUCCGCAAGGCAAUACAACAAGUAUUCGAAUUACGAAACAAGGCAUUAGCUGCUACAAACACGACCAAUCAUUCAUCCUCUCCUGUUAGCACGAGUGAAACGUCAAAUGCUCCCACAGUGUCACAAACUGGAACUAUUGGACAAAACGGUACCGUUGUAAUCGCACAGAGUUAAUUUUUAUGUACAAUUUGUAUAGAACUUACCAAGCGCGCGAAUGUAACAUAACAAACUUAAUAUUAACUUCAUUAUUAGUUAUUUUAAAUUUUCUUUUUUGCAAAUAUGUAUAUUACAA